AAUCAUUCUUAAGCAUGUACUGCUGACUUUGUUUGGGAACUUUGAUUUUGGGACACACCAAUGUCACCCUUGUCCUUGACACUGGAUUUUAUGAUCAUGAUCUUAAGGAUGAUCUCUUAUAGUAGACUACCGUGAGAAAGUGACAUAAUUUGUAUAUGGUUGACAGAGCCUUUAUGUAUGACUGGUUUUAGUAAAAUCUUUGUUUAUAUUUCACUGUCUGUUUAAUGGUGCAGACAAGGUGAGAGGCCAGUGUGUUAAUAGCUUGACAUUGAUUUGUGCAAACAAAACCUAGACGUGAUUGAGCUUGUUCAAACAUGCAAGUCAAUAAAGUGGAAGUUCUUGCUCCUUUCAUUGAUAAACUGCCGUUAAUCCUGUUCUGAAACUUUGACAUGACUCGCCUAUGAGUUUCAUCAGUCACACCAAUCCAAUAAAUUGACCAGAUAUAGGAAAGCAUUGAAGACACUCGUGUGUUUGGGGUUGAUCAUUUCAGUGUAGCUCAUCAGCUUGUGGCACCACUGCAAUAGAAAAUAAAACUUAGCAGUUACUUUUAAAGGAAGCAGAGCGCAAUUGUUUCACCUUUUUCUAUACCCAAAAUAACCCAUGAAAUUGACGUGCAUAAAUGUUACAAAUAAAAACAAGCUGAGCAUCUGGUGAGAUGGGCUCGGUUUUAAACAUUUCAACAGGUUUCUAUUUGCAUGAGGGUUUAUACUGCUUAAACAUGCAAGUCAAAUUGUCUUUAAAAUAAAAAAGAUUCAUCAGGUAAAUUGUUAUGAUAAUACAUUAGUUAUCAUAUGUUUAUUAUUGUGUGAAGUGAUAUUUUGUCUUGGUAGGUAUUUGAAUGCAUAAUAAUUCCUUCCAUGUAUUAAAAAGUGUAGGUUAAACAGAUAGUGAAAAUGAUUUGUCAUGUCCCUAAGUUAAAUUGUUUUCGUGGCCCCAUUUACUUUUCUUAUUCUAAAAUUAAAAAAAGAGGAAUAAAUCGUAAUUUGUUUAUCAGCUGUGAUGUAAAUUAGGUUAAUCUUGCAUUUAACCUGGAAUAUUCUUUCAAACAUAAUGGAAAUCUUUUUUUUCCCUGACCUAUUCUAACAUACUCUGAACUAGUGAACCAGUUUUAUGUUUAUUUCCAUUCAGCUUUUCAAUUCAAGUUUUUUUUGUUGGGGCUUUAUUUAUAAACAGGCAGCGACAGGUGAGAGGGGAACACAUUUGUAAGUAAGUAAUAGGUAGUAAUAGGUUUGCCUUGAUCUGCUCAGUCGAUCCUGUCUCUAAUAAGGAGGUUAUACCAUACGAAUAUGGGAGGAUGUCCAACAAGGCCAACAAAUAUACAUUACAUUUCAUGUUUUGUUUAAAAAACGGUAUAGCCAUGGUAUAAAGAUGUUAAACACAAAUGCAGUUUCUCCUCUCUUUAGCAGUAUGACCUUAUCAUACCAGAUGUGCAAAUCACAAGAACAAGAUUGCAAUUUCUGUGAUCUGUGCUUGUGGCUGUGAAAAUAGAGACUCAUUUGAAAGAAGGUUUUAAUGUGGAGAAAUACAAAGAAGAUGGAUCUAACAUCAAGCAAUUAUGGAUGCAAGCAAAUUUGAUUCUUCAAAUGCUAUUAAUUCCAAAUAUUUAGCAAACAAUUAUUUGGCUAUGCCCUCUAUUAUGUGGAAAUCAGAAAUUACUUUUGGAUAUCAUUGUAACACUUAGAAGAUUUGAAUGAAACUGUAGCCUUGCUUUCCAACUAAUGAUUGGCGUGAUGAAGCGGCCUCAAAGAACCUGUUAUUUCCAGACAAUCCUGAUUCUAAAACUAAGAGAAAGAAAGUUUUAAAAAAGGCGAUGGCUGUGACGCCGCCUCCUAAAAUCACUGUGGCUGAACCCAUUCCCAUUCCAACCCUGAACGUUCUCCCUCCAUCUUCCGACACGGAGUCAUGGUCAUGCUCGCCAAGCCCACGGCCUCACCGGAACCGUUCCCGCAGCCGAAUACGCGAGAGGAAGAAGCACAAAGUGAAGCAAGAGCAGGUACCAGAUAAAAACUGGGAUACAGAGACAGGAGAAAGUGGUCAAAGUUUGUCAUGUUCUUCUACGCUGUCUCUAAUGGUGUCCAAUGUAGAAGAGGAGGAGCAGGGAAGCCCCUCCGUGCUUCUCCCACCCCCGUCUCGCUCCCGGAGCUCCUCAUUAAGCAGACGUUCUCGCUGGUCUUUGCGUAGCCUUCUCAACAAGGACUCAGAUUGUGACAGCACCAGUACAGCCAGUAAUUCUCCACGCAGCACUCCUGGCAGCUCGCCCUCCCUGCGCCGGCGCAUGCUGGGAGGCAGAGCCAGCGAAGGGGAGAUGGGCGGGGACAGAGCCUGUGGGGGUACGGAUACCCCCCUGCCUCCUACCCCCACCCCAUCAACCUCAUCCUACCCACUCGCAGCACGGCACUUCACUCGCAAUGCCAAGAAAAUGCAGAGCUGGUAUAAUGUCCUCAGCCCCACAUAUAAACAGAGGAACGAAGACUUCCGCAAACUAUUUAAAAAGCUGCCUGAUACAGAGCGUCUCAUAGUGGACUACUCCUGUGCACUGCAGAAGGAUAUAUUGCUGCAAGGACGUCUUUACCUGUCUGAGAACUGGCUUUGCUUCUACAGUAAUAUCUUUCGAUGGGAGACUACGAUAACCAUACUGCUGAAAGAUGUGACGAGUCUUACCAAGGAGAAGACGGCCAAACUCAUCCCAAACGCCAUCCAGAUUAGCACUGAACACGAGAAGCACUUUUUCACAUCAUUUGGAGCUAGGGAUCGCAGCUACAUGAUGAUUUUCAGAUUGUGGCAGAAUGCCUUGAUGGAUAAGACUUUGUCUCCCAAGGAGCUGUGGCACAUAGUUCAUCAGUGUUACGGCACUGAACUGGGCCUGACCAGUGAAGACGACGACUACGUCUCCCCUACUGCUGAACAUAUGAACGGCCUGCUGCCUGCUGAGGAGUCUGUCUCCGUCACUGACCUACUGGAUCUGGGUUCAGUGCCAGGGUUUCCCGCGGGCUCCUCUCCCCCCUCUUCUGCCUCCGUACUUCCCUGCGCUUCAGGAUCUUCGCCCCCAUCCUCCUCUUCCUCGUCCUGUCAGCCCGUGGAGAUCCCAUCUCCUAGAGUCAGCGCCGAACCUGAGCCUAGCCCACCUAGCUCUCUGAGUUCACUGCCCCCCAUCACGCAAUCCUCACAGUCUGGAGCUUCGCCAUCCUCAACUGUGAGUGUCCAAGUGACUUUGGUCAAUUGUCUGAUCUUUGAGGAAGGCGGGGACAGCCUGUCAGAGUCAGCCAAUCAGACGCCUCAGUCCCCUUCCAUUAUUCUGAACACCCUGGGAAACCUCUCCUCAUUGGAUAUGACCAACGAUGAGGAGCUCCCCACUGACCUCAGCAAUUCCUCUGACACCCAGGAGGAAAGUGAGGUUGAAUCCUUCUGUGCCGACCUCAACGGUCGAUUGCAUUUCAACACAGUUGUUCAUAUGAACGUGGACAAGCUCCACGACCUUCUCUUCGCGGACACAAACUUCAUACAGCAUCUCUUCUCCCAGCGUCACUUCACCGAUCUCUCUGCACACGAAUGGCAGCAGGACAGCAGCACUGGGAGCAACAGCAGAGUUCUGAGUUACACCAUCGCCAUCAACAAUCCACUGGGCCCCAAAACUGCUCCUGUGGUGGAAACACAGACUCUCCACAAGAACAGCACACGAGGAGAGUGUUACGUGGUGGAUUCGGAGGUCAUAACCUCAGGCAUCCCCUACCAGGAUUAUUUCUACACUGUACACAGAUACUGCCUCACCUCCGUCAACAAGCAGAAGAGCCGGCUCAGGGUCUCGUCCAAUAUAUGCUACAGGAAGCAGCCGUGGAGUCUUGUGAAAGCUCUGAUUGAGAAGAACACUUGGAGCGGCAUUGAAGAGUAUUACAGACACAUGGAGAUGGAAGUGUGCAAGCUGGAGACGCUGUUACAGACGGAUGUAACCGUAGUAAGCGCGGGGGAAGCGGCUUCUGCGGGUUCUGCCAAGACGGCUCCCGGCCUGCGCAGACGCAAACGCAACUGCCCACGCCGGGCAGGAGACCGAGAGAGGGAGGGAACGGGAGCAGGUGGUGGGGAACGAGGUGAUAGGGGGAACGGAGAUGAGAGAGAGAGGAGAGAAGUGGGUGCUCAGUAUGCCAAACUAGGAGAGAGGUGGCGUGGAGCCGGCGUCAACAACAACAGUAUCUCCACCAUACUUCUCAUCGUGAGCUUUAUUCUUGUGGUUCUUGUGGCAUUGAACAUGAUGCUGUUUUACAAACUCUGGUCACUUGAACGGGCCGCACAUACGCUGGAGACGUGGCACUCGUACUCUUUAACUGACAGUCCUCUGCCCCAGUCUGCAGGAGAGUGGGCUGAGGUCCUGCAGCUCCAGAGGCAGUUUCAUCAGGCUCAGAUGAACAAAUGGCAGCAGAUCUUACAGUCUUCUGUCACACUUCUGGAUCAGAUGAAACAGUCUUUGGAGAAGCUUCACAGAGGAAUGAUCCCCCCAGAGGUGCAACAGGAGUCUGAUUCUGCACCAGAGAUGCUCUCAGAUCAGUGAAGACACCCUCAUUCCCUGCCCGGAAAAACAAACCGCUUAUAGACUCUGACCUGUGAGGAUGCCGUCCAGGAUGAGACAAAUCAUGGAAAGGAAAAUGGAGGUCUCUCUGAGCUCUUUCAGUAUCAGUGAGGUUAAUGUUGUGAGAACCUCUGGGUGUCCCACCUGUCCAGAGCAGAAGCUGCUGGACCUUCUACUGCUGUACAGCAAACACUCAAUUAUUUUAUCCAUAGCAUAAACUCAACGAGUUUGAAGCAAUAACACACACGAAUGGGAUCAACUAUAAUCCAUAGAGAACAUGUGACUUCCAGCUGCGCUGCAUCAUGAGCCGUUUCGGUCCAAACUGUUUGUCUGAGAAACACGCUUUCCAAAAAAGGAAUAUUUCAUGAAGAAAUCCAGACAGAAAUCUCAGGCGUGACAUCCACCUCCGGUCUACUCCUCCACAAGAUCAGUUUCUCCACCUGUCCAACCGGACACAUCCUUUUAGUGGAAGUUUUUUACAUUUUCCUGGAAGAGACACUCCUUUGUAUACGAUUGUUUUUGUGACUCUAUUGUUUUAAUGUAAGUUCUGAUUCAAAGAUGUUACUGAAACUUGUACGAAGCGAGAAAGUAUGUUUGACCAUUACAGUAUUUAUUUGAUAGACUUUAAUCGCAGUCUUAUGUCCACAGGCCGUUGUGCGUUUCUGCUCGUGUAUGUGAACACGGACCAAUGUACAAGGGGGUGAAAUGGGGUGUACAAAUAUGAAUUCCUAUUUUAGCAAUAAUCAUGUUGAGAAAAUUGUAAUGACAAUUAUAAUCUAGGGAAAUAUGCAGAAAACAUGGAACUGUUACAGAGCGUUAGUGAGACGGAUUGUUUUUAACUAUUUAACUAUUGUUUUUCCCCCAUUUUUACAGUUUUUAGUUGUUUUGUUUGGAAACCCUAUGUGUUUAUGACUUGGGGUUGAGCGGAGCUGUUUUACGUGAUUAUGGUGUCACGAAACUCAUUGAGUUGCUGUUAUCAAACUUGAACUUUUCAGCGUUACUGUAACCUCAACCGGUAAAAGUACACACCGAUCCUUCAGUCUUCUUGAAGCGGGAUGUUUAGGACCAACUGAAACUCAAGACCAGAAGAAACCAGAGCAGAUCUGCAGGCAGUAUUGCAAUGUAUAUUUUGCUCAACUCUGUAGACGGGGGAGUCUAGCAAAAAUCAUGUCCACAUCAUAUUCCACCUCAAAAUCAAUAGAAAAAUGUUUUAAUUUUUGCACACGGAGAAUAUUUUAUUAUUUAUUCCAUUGUGACAUUUUCUGGAGAUUAAGCCCCAGUUUUACAACAUAUUUUAUUAUGUUUUCAUCUUAUUUGCUUUUGGGUUUGUUUGUAAAACUACUUCUCAUUGAUAAUUUUGUUGUCUAGUCUAAACAUAUUGAGUGUUAUUUAUUAAAUGAAACAAAGUACAGUACAUCAACUACUGCCAUUUUGUAUAUUUUAAUACAUAUACAUCUUUUUUUUUUCACAUUUCAGCACUGAGAAUUUGAGCAAAAUUCGGGCUUAAUUGUUGUGAGAAUAUCACAAAGCAAAAUAUUCCCCAGCAUCUUUUCUAUUAGCAAAAAAAAACAUGUUUCGGUAAAAAAUAACCUUGACAUGACUUUGUGAGAUUCACCUGGAGGCUUUGGGUUUAUUUUUUCUAGUUUGAUUUGGAAAGUCUGUUACUGUUAUUCCAUCUGCAAAUUAUUCUUUUUUUGUCUCUGAAUUUGUCGUCUCACUCCUCUCCCUCCUCAGGGUCUGUGUCAGAGUGACGUCUGUCUGGGGUACUGCUGUGCAAAACCCUUGCUGAGUGAUUUAAGCGUGUGCUAUUUAUUCGGGUCAGGGAGGGAGAGAAUGAGAGUGGGACUUAUAGACAUGAUUGAAAAGAUCCUUGUCAAAAAUGUAUAAUUAAAAAAAUCAACAAAAUGUUUACAAAA